UUUUAUCACCUUAUUUUAUUUAUUGCUCAAAGGCUGCCUUACCUGCUUACGAGCCAUUGAAAAGAGGAGAGAGAGAUAGAGAGAGAGAUACAAACUUCAAUAUUCAAUAAUCAAUAAUCUGGAAGAGUCUGGAAAUGGUAGCACUGAGUGGCUGAAUUUCUUUUCUUUUCUUUUUGCCCAUGAAUGAAGUGGAUGCUUGAAGACAAAAGAAAAACACUUUCUUUAUCCAUUGGAGCUCUCCUUGUGCAUGAAUCGCAGCUAAGCUAAGGACAUCAAUUCUGAAAUUCGAUUUUGAGUAAAACUUGAAUUGGGUUUUGCUAAACAGUGAAUGAAUUCAUCUGUGCAGUCUCUGAUCUAGAGAAAUACAGAAGAAGAAUAAGAAGAAGAUAAAAGCAGCAGACCGAAGAACAUGUCUGUUGCUCUAUUAUGGGUUGUAUCGCCCAACUCUGAGCUUAGCUGUUGCGGAUUGAUGGAAAACAAGUUGGUAGAUCCUCUGAAACCAAGAAACAGAGGUGGAGCUUUAAUCCGCCAUGCAAAAUUAAGGGCGGGGAAGAAAGAGAACUGGAAUUCCGAUCUGAUAUCUGGUUGGGAGAGAACAUCAUCAACAAGAACAAGAUGUAAGACCCAUAUAGUUUCGAGUAUGGUAGUUAACCCUGGUGCGGGAGAAAUUGUGAUGUCAUCUGAGCAAAAGGUGUAUGAUGUGGUGUUAAAGCAGGCUGCUUUAGUGAAGAACAAGAUCAAAGCCAAGGCUGAUGAAGAUGUUAAACCUGAAGUUGUCCUUCCGGGUUCUUUAUCCGUUUUAAGUGACGCUUAUGAUCGUUGCGGCGAAGUCUGUGCAGAAUAUGCCAAGACAUUUUAUUUGGGAACAUUGCUGAUGACACCUGAGAGGCGAAAAGCAAUCUGGGCUAUAUAUGUAUGGUGUAGGAGGACUGACGAGUUGGUUGACGGGCCAAACGCUUCGCAUAUAACGCCAAUGGCUUUGGAUAGGUGGGAAUCAAGACUGGAAGAUCUGUUUCGAGGGCGUCCAUUUGACAUGCUUGAUGCUGCUUUGGCUGAUACAGUUGCCAAAUUCCCAGUUGAUAUUCAGCCUUUCAAAGACAUGAUUGAAGGAAUGAGGAUGGAUUUGAGGAAGUCUCGAUACAACAACUUCGACGAAUUGUACCUCUACUGUUACUACGUGGCGGGUACAGUCGGGCUCAUGAGUGUUCCCAUAAUGGGAAUUGCUCCCGAUUCCCCAGCCUCAACUGAAAGUGUUUACAACUCCGCCUUGGAUUUGGGUAUCGCUAAUCAGUUGACAAACAUACUUAGGGACGUCGGGGAAGAUGCAAGGAGGGGUAGGAUUUACCUGCCCCAGGAUGAAUUAGCUAAGGCAGGACUCUCGGACGAAGACAUAUUCGCCGGUAAGGUGACUGAUAAAUGGAGGAAUUUCAUGAAGAGUCAAAUCAAAAGGGCUAGAAUGUUCUUCGAUGAAGCUGAGAAAGGGGUUACUCAGCUCAGUGCAGCCAGUAGAUGGCCUGUGUGGGCGUCCCUGCUUUUGUAUCGACAAAUUUUGGACGAGAUUGAGGCCAACGAUUACAACAACUUCACAAAGAGGGCUUAUGUGAACAAACCGAAGAAGAUCGCGGCACUGCCCAUUGCCUAUGCCAAAUCUCUCAUGCCCGCAUCGAGAGCGCUUUCUCAUUCCUUAGGCUAGAUUAGAUCCUCAACCUGUUUCCAAAUCAAAUACAGUUCCAGGCCAGAAAAGCAUAUGAUAAAGAAAUCUGUUGUACAUCAUAUCAUAAAAGUUGCUAUAUAUAUUUUAUUCAAGGCUAGCAUUA